AUGGCGUCCUCAAGCACGGCUGGAGAGUCACCAGUGUCACUGAUGAUGGCAAUGGAUGGAAUUCACCUUGGAUGGUCCGACUUUCGAUCAAGAGUUUUGAGCUCCUUCCGAAUCGUGUUUACCGAGGGCCUGCAAGUGACAGAUAUCCCAGAGCCUUUCCCCGACGAACUGCAUUCAUUGUUGCGGAAUCUGUCACGGUUCUCGGCACAGGAAAGAGACUGGCGCAGUCAAGUUCCAGUGGGACAAGGCUUUGGCUCCACAUUGAUCUUCCCGCCAAACGUGCUGCCUUUCGUUCAUGAUAGCCGACUCAUGGAUCGGUGCUUGGCUCCAAAGUUGAAUCGAGAAGCUCUGCCACCACGUGCAGUAAGAGCCCAAGAGAGUUUAUUCGAGCUGCCAGCUCCACGCCCGGCCCUCAUCAGUGGCUUCAAGACUUCUGCCUUCAAUGAGACCGAAUUGACAAUGCUUCCAAACUGCACCUCGGCUCUGGGGACCAUCGUGGACUUCGCAUCUGGUACUGUCUCUGCAGGGAUCAACAUCUACGGUCCCUUUCUUGUUUUCGAGCGGAUGUUAGCAACAUCCGAUGAUGAAAUACAGUCGGCCAAGAAUCGAUGCGCAGUUGCCGGCGCUCACUGUAUUCGAGCGAUGCAGCUUCUCUUUGGUAGGGGCGGCAAGACAGGUCCUGUCCUCGAAACGCCUGUAUCCUUCUCCUGCGCCAUCAACAAUUCGAUGGCAGUUAUGAACUACCACUAUGUCGACGAAACUGGAUGCUAUUGCAUGUGCGAGAUAGCAACAUUCAACCUUGACAAUACGGAUACGUUCAAGGAGUUCCAGGGUUGGAUCGAAGCAAUCGAACGAUGGGGAUGCGUAUAUCUUCUCCCGGUCAUCAAAGUCAGGCUUCGGCAAAUGCUCAGGUCUAAUGAGACUCCUCCAAUUUCACCCAUGCCGUCCCUCACCCUUUCCAUCGACACUGCUGCAGGAAACGAAGACGUAUUGAUGAAGAUCCUCCGCGCAACAUUCGGCUCCAUCAAGUGGAAGUGUGACGGUGAUUGCGAGACACCUUUAAACAGCAGUAUCGCUCACUGCGGAACUCCUGUUGGAGUCCGCAAGAUUAGGACAAUGGCUCUAUCACCCAUUUCUCCGACCCACAAAGGCAGCGGAGACUCGGUGGCAGGUCUACACACCCCAUUCCGCACGUGGCGGAUGAGACCUGACUGGGGGGUCAGAUCUCCAACAGGACGAAAACAUUCCGUUUCGCCACUGAGAUUGAAAUCCAACAUUCCCGAGUCUCCCUGUCGUCCUGCCACACUCUCACCCUGCACUCCGCCUCCGGAUGCUCCAGUCUCUGCGAGAUCCCCAAUGCUCGUCCUCCAGAAGCGGGUGGACUUGGCCAUGGACGAAAUUCAGGAACUCAGAGCUUUGGUUCAAACGUUGCAGACAGAUCUCCUGCCCAGAAAACUCCCUUCUGAAUUGAACAACGAAAGUCAAGCGUCACCAAAACAGGUUGGUGGCGCCUCCGGCUUUUGGAUAGCCUCUCAAGACACCGGCGUUCUACCUAGCAAGAUGGUUGCUGUGGCCGUUACAACACUCUUCUUUUGCUCGCGAUGGUCAUCGUCUGCCCUGCCAAUGGGUUCUCUUUUGUGUCUCCUCAUAGUCCUGGGCCUUGGAUGUAACUCUACCGGGUCAACUGCUUGUAUCGAUGCAAUGUUGUCAUUUGCACUCAAUGGCAUGCAUGGCUGGGCAGUGAGGCAAAGUAAGGCCGUGGCUACGUAA